GAACUGCACAGACCCCUACAGAGAGCAGGGACCUUGUUGUGCCGGGUGCUACAGUGACCCUGACUGAGCUCCGGGCCCCUGUUGUGCCAGGCCCUGCAUCAACACCCAGUGAAAUCGGGCUCCCAUUGUGCCAGUGCUGCAGAGACGGCAAACAAAAUCAGGGACCGUGUUGAUCCUGGAACUGCUGAGACCCCAACUGAGAUCUGGCUCCUGUUCUGCCAGGUGCUUCAGAGACCCCAUCAGAGGUCAGACCCCACCGUUGUGACAAGUGCUGUGGAGAACCCAAUUGAGAUAUGCACUCUUGUUGCGCUGGGCAUUGCAGAGACCCCAACUGACAUCAGGCCCCCCAUUUUCCCAGGCUGCAGAAUGACGUCCAUGUUUCCUCCAGCUCAUCCCAUCCUCCCAUGGAACAGGGAAGAGAAAUGGCUGCAGAGGAGCCAGUUCAGGCUACAGAAUAACAUCUACGUUUUGCUCCAGAUCAUCCCAUUCUCCCAGAGGGAAGGAAAUGGCUGCAAUGGAGCUGUCUCAGAGGACAUUCAUUCCGACAACUUCAUUUCUCAUGCAGCUGCAUCCUUAUCAAUUCUUACAAGCAACAGGGAAAGGAAAAUUAUGGCAACUUAUUUAUUUAUUUAUUACUUACUUAUUUAUUUAAGAAAAGAAUUACUGCUUGCUUAUGCCUUUGUCCCCUAAUGCCAUGUCAGCACGUUAGCAGCUUCCUAGCUCUUUUACUUAACCCUUAACAUAUCCCAACAAUUAUAAGUGAUAGCAAGCAGAUCAAAGCAGAUUACUUAGGAAAUAACCAAAAACUCAGACUAAGCCUUACAUGCUAGAUGGAUAGAAUUUGAAUUAGCAGUUUCUCACCCUGACUGAUAAACUUGCUGGACUGCUUGUAUCCGUACACGAGCUAGAAAUCCCUCUACCCUGGCACCAGCACUUCCCCCAGUUCAGUCUUUGUUCCUCAGGUGUUUCCAGGAGUUCUCUUGUGUGGGAAUGAGGCCAGAGAUGAUGUCACACCCCACCUCAUGUAGCUUUUCCACAUGGCGGGAACUCUUUGUUCGAAACUCAGUUCCCAGUUCAAUUUGUGGAAAAAUACAGGUAGCAAAAUGGAGUUCAGUGUCAUGUGGUCUGGUCACAUGCCCUAGCAUGCCAUGCUGAGUGCUAAGCUCUUCCACGGUCCAUUGUCUUUGUUGAUGAGCCAUCAGCACUGUCUGGCUUCUUCACUGUUGUACCUGAAAGGCUAGUUGUGGGUGUUACCCAGAGUAAGCACAUUUGAAAUGCAGCUACAUAGUCAAUAUCCAUAACUUCAGUACAAACAAGAUCUAUGCAAAAAAAUAGGAUAAUCAUAUUCAGCAAAUCAUAACUUUUCCAGUGACACAGCACGUGAUGCAUCUUGCACAACUUGCAUCAUAAUUAUGUCCCAAUCAUUUAUAAUCAUAUCACUAUGCAGAAUAUGGGGUGUAGUGUCCGAUAGGGCCUAAUUUCAAGGCACAGGAGUUGCGAAUGGAACUUCCCCUCUUUGUGGAACAGGAAAUAACCUCCAGCCAGGGCUGGGAAAACUUCCCAGACUGCCAGUGCUGGAGCCUGAAUCUACUGACAUUUCAUUAGACACCACCACCCCCAAUCUUUGUGGCAACUGCAAACUUUAUCAGUGAUGAUUUUAUAUUCUCUUCUAGGUCAUUGAAAAGAAUAUUAAAUAGCACAAGGCCAAGAUCCAAUCCUUGUGGGAACCCGCUAGAAAUAAAUCCACUCGACCAUGGUUCCCCAUUUACAAUCACAAUUUUUAAUCUAUUUAACGUGUGCCAUGUUUAUUUAGUAUCAUUCUAGUUUUCUAGUCAAAAUAUUGUGCUGAACCAGGUCAUAUGCCUUACAGAAUUCUAGGUAUAUUACAUCAAUACUAUUUAUUGCAACCAAACUUUUGAUCUCAUCCAAUAAGGAUAUCCAGUUAGUUUGAUAGGAUCUAUUUUCUCCAAACCUUUGUUCAUGGGUACUAAUUAUAUUAUUCUCCUUUAAUUCUUUAUUAAUAAAAUCCAGUAUCAGCUGCUCCAUUAUGUUGUCCAGUAUCGAUGUCAGACUGACACUCCUGCAGUUAGCUGGGUCAUCUCUUUUACACCUUUUAAAUAUUGGCACAGCAUUAGCUUUAUUCCAGUCUUCUGGAAUUUCCCCAGUGUUCCAAGUUCUAAUUAAAAUCAACAUUAACAGUCCACCAGGCCUUUUAAAACUCUUGGAUACAAGUUAUGUGGACAUGCUGAUUUAAACAAUUCUAGCUUUAAUAGCUGCUGUUUCACAUCCUUGUGAGUUCUUGUUGGAAUGGAAAGAGUGUCAUUAUCAUCAACAUCUUAUGAUAUGAGUAGAUCAUCUGUUUUUCUCCAAAUCUAGGAGGGAAAUAUUUAUUGAACACUUUUACCUCUUCUGUAUUAUUUUUGAUAAUUCUGCCAUUUCCACCUAGUAAUUUAUCACUACCAUUGUUAGGAUUAAUUUUGUACUUAGUAUACUUUUAAAAACUUCCUUCUUAUUUUCAUUAAUUGGUUAUUGAUUUCUGAUAGCUUCCCUUACCAAUUUUCUACAAUUCUGACCUUCUCACUUAUAUUCUUUACUAUUGACUUCCCCUUUCUUCCAUAUAUUUUAUUUGGAGUGUGUUAGGAUUCCCACCAGCAGGGUCCAGAGACAGCCCCAUCUCCUAUAUCAAGCUCUGGCUAGUAGGUAUGUGAUAAAUGUGAAGACCCUGCCUCUGUCUGUCAGCUGGGAGACACAAAGUUUCUCUCUUUCUACCCUCUGAUGCCUCCUGGCUGCUCUAAGCAAGGUGGGGUGGAACUCUGUGCCUUGUGGAGCUUCCAUUUACCUGGUGCUGCUGUUCCAUGAAUAAUGGGGUUGUGACUGGGGCAGCAGAUACUGAGCGUUGGACUCUUGCUCUCUCAGGGGCCAGUGACUUUCGAGGAGGUGGCUGUGUAUUUCACCAGGGAAGAGGAGGCUCUGCUCAACCCCACUCAGAGAGCCCUCUACAGAGACGUCAUGCAAGAGAACUAUGAGGCGGUGGUCUUUCUGGAGACAAGGGAAUAAUUGUCACCUGUCCAUGGGAGGAUCUCCGCUUGGCUAAGUGAAGCAUACAUGGACUCGUUAUGUUAUUGGGAGCAGGAAGAACUGGGCUCGCAGGCGCAGGGAGCUCUACCGGAGCAAAGACAAAUGGACAGGCAAAGUGAAAGGAAACAAAACUGUUUUCAACAGCAGCAUGGCUCAAGGGCAUUGUCCAGGUUUCCAGUUUCCAAACCUGAUGUGAUCUCGCAGCUGGAACAAGGGGAAGAGGCAUGGGUCCCAGACCUCCAGGGCUCUGAGAAAGAAGUGCUCCCAAGAGCUGCUUGCACAGGUGAUGGGAUGGUGAGUGAGAAUGAGGAGGAGAAACCCCAGCAGGAAGAUGCUGAGCAAGUAGAACCACGUGGGACAUUAUCAGGAAGAUCCAAAGGGAAUGUUUCCGGGAGUCGUGCACUCCCAGAAAAAGCAAAAGCUUGUGAGAGUCAGCACAAGCCAGAGGAAAACUUGAGGAGCCACUCAGACCUUAUUACAUGCAAGAGAAUCAACUUUGAAGAGAGACACUACUCAUUCCAUCAGUGUGGGAAAAGCUUCAAUGGGAGCUCAGACCUUUUCAUACAUCAGAAAUUCCAGAGAGGAGAGGGACCCUACACAUGCUCUGAGUGCGGGAAAAGCUUCAAUCAGCGCUUAGCCCUUAUCACACAUUGGAGAAUCCACACUGGAGAGACGCCCUACGUGUGCUCUGAGUGCGGGAAAUGCUUCAAUCAGAGCUCUGACCUGAUCACACAUCAGAGAAUCCACACGGGUGAGAAACCUUAUGGAUGCUCUGAGUGUGGGAAACGCUUCAAUCGGAGCUCACACCUUAUCACACAUCAGCGAAUCCACACAGGAGAGACGCCCUACACAUGCUCUGAGUGUGGGAAAAGCUUUAAUCAGCACUCGCACCUUAUCACACAUUGUAGAAUCCACACAGGAGAGAGAAACUAUAAAUGCUCUGAGUGUGGGAAAAGCUUCAAUCAGAGCUCAAACCUUAUCAAACAUAGGAGAAUCCACACUGGAGAGAUGCCCUACACGUGCUCUGAGUGCGGGAAAAGCUUCAAUCAGAGCUCUGACCUUAUCACACACAGGAGAAUCCACACGGGUGAGAAACCUUAUGGAUGCUCUGUGUGUGGGAAACGCUUCAAUUGGAGCUCACACCUUAUCACACAUCAGCGAAUCCACACAGGAGAGACACCCUACACAUGUUCUGAGUGUGGGAAAAGCUUUAAUCAGCACUCACACCUUAUCACACAUUGUAGAAUCCACACAGGAGAGAAACACUACACAUGCUCCGAGUGUGGGAAGAGCUUCAAUCAGAGUUCAAACCUUAUCAAACAUAGGAGAAUCCACACAGGUGAGAAACCUUAUGGAUGCUCUGAGUGUGGGAAACGCUUCAUUCAUCGUUCAACCCUCAUCUCACAUCAGAGAAUCCACAAAGGAGAGACGCUCUACACAUGCUCUGAGUGCGGGAAAAGCUUUAGUUAUAAUUCAAAGCUUGUCACACAUCAGAAAAUCCACAUGAGAGGGAACUGUAAUAAAUGCCUUGACUAGGGCUGGCCAAAGAUUUUUUUAUUUUUAAAUCACAUUUGCUAAUUCCCACAUAGCGAUCUUUGCACCAUCUUCACCGUGGUCUCUCAGUUCCCCCAGAUGAGUUGCCUGCUUCUGCCUUUUGCAGCUCACCCUUUUUUGGGGUCAGUCCUGUGAUCUUUUCUAUCAACUCCUUUGCUUUUGAGUCGUAGGAGAGUGUGUCCCUCCAGCCAGGAAUGUUCAUCAGCUCCAGGUGGGGGAGAGAGGUUUGAUCCCAGCAAGAUACACUGAGGAAAAACUGCCUGUGCCCUACAUGCACUAGGACUGUACAUGGCGUUGGCUGCUCAAGUGAGUGAUCUUGGUGUAAAAAGACAAUUAUAGUUGUAGAGCAGAUGCAGCCCAGGUGCAACGGUUGACAUUAGCUUUCCCCUUGGCCUGACCUGAACUCCAUUGCUUUUCCUAGUCUAAACAAACCCUGAGCAUCAUGAUUAUACUGAUAAAACCUGGGGCCAGUUUUGUUCAAUAUCUUCAUAAAUGAUCUGGAGGAUGGCAUGGAUUGCACUCUCAGCAAGUUUGUAGAUGACACUAAACUGGGAGUGGUAGAUACACUGCAGGGUAGGGAUAGGAUACAGAGGGCCCUAGACAAAUUCGAGGAUUGGGCCAAAAGAAAUCUGAUGAGGUUCAACAAGGACAAGUGCAGAGUCCUGCACUUAGGACGGAAGAAACCCUUGCACUGCUACAGACUCAGGACCAAGUGGCUAGGCAGCAGUUCUGCAGAAAAGGACCUAGGGAUUACAGUGGACAAGAAGCUGGAUGUGAGUCAAAAAUGCACCCUUCUUGCCAAGAAGGCCAAUGGCAUUUUGGGCUGUAUAAGUAGGGGCAUUGCCAGCAGAUCGAGGGACAUGAUAGUUCCCCUCUAUUCGACAUUGGUGAGGCCUCAUCUGGAGUACUGUGUCCAGUUUUGGGCCCCACACUACAAGAAGGAUGUGGAAAAAUUGGAGAGAGUCCAGCGGAGGGCAACAAAAAUUAUUAGGGGGCUGGAGCACAUGACUUAUGAGAGGAGACUGAGGGAACUGGGAUUAUUUAGUCUGCGGAAGAGAAGAAUGAGGGGGGAUUUGAUAGCUGCUUUCAACUACCUGAAAGGGGGUUCCAAAGAGGAUGGAUCUAGACUGUUCUCAAUGGUAGCAGAUGACAGAAGAAGGAGCAAUGGUCUCAAGUUGCAGUGGGGGAGGUUUAGGUUGGAUAUUAGGAAAAACUUUUUCACUAGGAGGGUGGUGAAGCAGUGGAAUGUGUUACCUAGGGAGGUGGUGGAAUCCCCUUCCUUUGUGGUUUUUAAGCUCAGGCUUGACAAAGCCCUGGCUGGGAUGAUUUAAUUGGGGAUUGGUCCUGCUUUGAGCAGGGGGUUGGACUAGAUGACCACCUGAGAUCCCUUCUGACCCUGAUAUUCUAUGAUUCAGGUUUUCUUCUUGUUCUCUCCCUGCGCCCCCCUACUAUAUAGGAAAUGGUUGAUAAUUCUGAAAUUAAAACCUCACUCCAAAGGAAUUAGAGUGGGGGAAUAUGUGAGAGAAAUAGCAUGUAUGAGAAUAGAGACCCAGUAUAGACUGUAAUGAUUUCUAUUUAAAAUGGAAUUUAUUUUGAUAAAUUUAAAAAUAAAUCUUCUUUUAAGAGGAAAAUUAUUUGUGGCAAGAUGUGUAACCUUUUCCUGAGUUAGAGGGUAGCAGCCAGAGAGUUCCCCAGGUCCCUUCUCGCAAAGCAAAGAUGUCACAUUAGGCAGGAGAUAUCGAAAUCUAAAAUGGUGAUGGAUGUGUGAUGGUAGCUUUUCCGGGUUGUUUUUUUGGUUUGGUUUUUUAAUUUAAUUUUUGUUUUGUUUUUUUGCAACCAGUUAUUUUAAUAGGUGCUGAGGCCCCUUUUCCUUUUGAGUACAGCUGUUUAACCCUCAGAACUGGCUCUGGAAACUCCCUCAGAACUGGCCUUGUGUUUCUUUCAUGUGUGGUAUCGUUGAUGUUCACACGUACACACUGCAUGCGGUUCACAGCAACUGUUACUUUGAGAAACCUGCUGGGUGAAGCGGGCCUUUUCCAGACUGACCUUGGCCCAAAGUCUGCCUUAAUUCAGCUGGAUUGGGACACGUCUGUAUCAAAGGAGUGGUUCACUCCUGAUUUGCCCAGAGACCUUGGGGCGGGGGGGGGGUAGACAGGAUAAGUAGGAAUAGACAACAAUGACGUUAAAGGUAAGGGUGAAAGACCCACACCUUGCAGGUCAACAAGGCUCUUCCGUUUAUUCCCGCUGACACAUCUGGCACUGGUCACUCUCAGGUAGCACACUGGGCUAGAUGGACCUUUGGUCUGACCCAGUAUGACCAUCUUGCAUUCUUAUGUUAUGUAAGCCAUCUGUGGCCUUGUCUUCACUGGCAAGUUUCUGCACAGUAAAGCAGCUUUCUGCAGUGUAACUUCUGAGUUGUACACACUGCCAAGCCACUUGCUGUGCAGAAACUCCGCAGUUGCAGUGCUGUACGAAAACCACCCCGACGAGAGGCUUAUAGCUUUCUGCCCCGCGGCUACAGCGCCGCGAUGCCAGUGUAGACACCCUGGUCGAUUACAGAGCUGCAAUUGGCCUCUGGGAGAUGUCCCACAAUCCCUGUUCUCGCCUCUCUGGUCAUCGGUUUGAACUCUACUGCACCGCCCUCAGGUGACCAACCAUGAACCCCACCCCUUAAAUUCCUUGGGAAUUUUGAAAGUCCCACUUCCCACAGAGACCAAUUAUGGUUACAGACCCAUCCUGAAAUUAGACCAGGAUAUUUUAAAGCUUUGUCUCAUAAGAAAGUAACACAAUUCAAACAUGGCAUCACAGAGGAGAAAGCACUCCUUCAUUUCGUAUUUAUUGCUACUGAUCUCACUGACAAACUUCCUAUUCUCGGUGCUGCUCCCAGCACUUUAGGGAGUUUUUCCUCUUCUCCCUUCCAGCUGUUGUUUAUGGGACUGCAGCAGUUCCCCAGAGGGCCAGCUUUUCUCUUUCACUUACAUCCUUCAAAGCUGUGUUUGCCACCAGUUCAAUUCAUAUCUGAGACCUUAGGUACUAGCAGCUAGUUACAAAGGCUCAAUUCCCAUUGCCAUUCGUGGGCGGUUAUGCUGGGCUGCCAGGGCUGCAGGAUUUGGCCCAUGAUCAGUCAAGGUGAUACAGCAGCUGCACUCUUACAUGGUGAGUCCUGCAGCCUAUUACCAAACUGCUCUGCCAUGUUCUGCAGGGCGGCCUGACUUUCUGAGAAUCUGGCAGAAGAGAGACCCUGGAGUAGAGAAGGAAAAUGUCCUCAGCAGCCACAGCCAGUAGGAGCAGGAAAGGCUGGGUUUGUUUUUAAACUUCUCUCCCUGCUCAAGCCUUUAAUCAUUCCUAUGGCUCUUCUCUGAACCCUCUGCAAUUUUUCAGGGAAAACAACCAACCAAUAAACCCAACCAACCAAA